AUGCCGCCUGCUGCUUCAACAUCUGCGAAAAAGACGCCAUCCCUGAAGUCGUUACAAACUAAAUUGCGAGGUCUUCAAACAUCGCUUUCCAACAUUUCCAAAUUCGUGCAAACUGUUGAUGAAACUACUACGGCUAGCCAGGCAGUAGUUCGUCUUGAUCGUCUAGAUGAACUAUGGGAAAAAACUGGCGACGUUAUGAAUGAGAUAGAAACUCACGAGGACUACGAGGCAGAAGCAGACUCACUCACCAAGGACAGAAUAGCUUUCGAAGAUCGCUACUACGAGAUGAAGGCUUUCUUAGUGGACAAGAUCAAAGAGCUUCAAGAUCCGGGUACACUGGAACAAUCUGUCAGGGGCACCGAAACUACAAUGGUAGCAUCAGGGGAUCACGUGCGGCUCCCGCAAAUAAAAUUGCAGAGUUUUGGUGGCAACAUCGAUGAAUGGCUCAGCUUUCGAGAUUUGUUCACCUCGUUAAUCCAUCGGAAGGCAGACCUAUCGGAAGUGGAAAAACUGCACUACCUUAAGGGCUGUCUAGAGGGAGAAGCCAAGGCAUUAAUUGAUCCAUUGAAAUUAACCAAGGGAAAUUAUUCGAUUGCAUGGGACACGUUAUUGAAGCGGUAUAAUAAUAGCAAAUUGCUCAAGCGAAGGCAAGUGCAAGCGCUUUUCAAAUUACCCGUUGUGGUAAGGGAAUCAGCAACGGAACUGCAUAAGCUGCUGGAAGGAUUUGAGAGGGCCACUCAAACCUUGGAUCAAGUUGUCGAGCUUGCAGACUAUAAGGAUUUAUUAUUGAUCGAAAUUCUAAGCUCUAGGCUGGAUGCCUACACCCGAAGGGGGUGGGAAGAGUUGUCGUCUACUAAGGAAAGUGACACACUCAAGGAUUUAACAGAGUUUCUUCACCGUAGGUUACGGAUAAUUGAAUCUAUGCCUGCUAAAGGCUCAGAUACGAAACCGGAACAAGCUCACAGGAACAAGGCGUUCACUACACGAGCUAGCCAUAAUGCGGUACAAUCUUCUACUGCGAAAUGUUACGCAUGUUUGGAGAACCAUUGGCUACCUUCGUGUCCGAAAUUUCAGCGAAUGACAGUGGCCGGUAGGGAAUCAUUGCUUCGAACGCAUUCACUCUGCAGGAACUGCUUCAGAAAGGGCCACCAGUCAAAGGAUUGUUCUUCGAAAUACUCGUGCAAAAGGUGCAAGGGCCGGCACCAUACUAUGGUUUGUUUCAAGACGGAACCGGAUAGCAACAACAGAAUGGCUUCAAUGGAAGGGGCAUCUGCGUCCCCACUACAAGGGGAUAAUACUGAAGUAACCACGAAAAUGGAUUCAAAUAUUGCUGAUAGGCAAGUAAGGUCAGCCAACAUAGCGCAAAAACAUUCGUCAAGGGUCUUGUUAGCUACUGCGGUAGUUAUCAUCGAGGAUGAUGAAGGUACAAGUCACACGGCACGCGCUUUGCUGGACUCAGGGUCAGAAUGCAACUUUGUUUCGGAAAGGUUGUGUAAGCAAAUGAGCAUCACUAAGGAAAGGGUUGAUGUCUCUGUUGUUGGAAUUGGCGUUACUUCGGCCAGGGUGAAACAUAUGAUCCGCGCCAACAUUAAGUCACGGAAUACUUUAUUCUCUCAGGUUAUGAGUUUGCUUGUAUUACCAAAGGUUACAGCGAAUCUGCCUACUACAUCGGUGCAGGCUACGGGAUGGGAUAUCCCACAAGGUAUUAAGCUUGCGGAUCCAACAUUCUUUCUGUCGAACUGUGUGGACUUAGUACUAGGAAUUCAAUCAUUCUUCGGCUUUUUUCAAACUGGCAAGGCUAUUUCCCUAGGCGAGGGAUUGCCACUUCUCACCGACUCAGUCUUUGGUUGGAUAGUGUCAGGAGAAGUAACGUCAUUACCCAGGUCAUCGCAAAUCACCUGUAAUGUAGCAGCAUCGGUUAAUUUAGAAAAGAUAAUGGAAAGGUUUUGGUCUUGCGAGGAAGUGGAAGACACACGGAAUUAUUCCCCAGAAGAAACACGCUGCGAGGAACAUUUUAGGACUACUGUACAACGAGACUCAAACGGGCGAUACACUGUGUCUCUACCAAUAAAGGAAAACAUUCUGGCACAGUUAGGUGAAUCGAGGGAGAUAGCACUCAAACGAUUUUUUGGAUUGGAACGACGAUUGGCUCGAAACGAGAAUCUACGAAAACAGUACCAUGAUUUCAUGGCAGAAUAUCUGGCACUGUCUCAUAUGCGUCAGGUUGACAACGACAGCACGACAGUUAAAAGAUGUUACUUGCCGCAUCACCCGGUUGUGAAAGAGGAUAGCACCACUACGAAGGUUCGAGUGGUCUUUGACGCUUCGUGCCAGACUUCCACUGCGCUUUCCGUUAAUGAUGCUCUACUGGUGGGACCGGUCAUCCAACAGGAUCUUCGGUCAAUUAUACUUCGGUGCAGGACCCGUCAAAUUAUGCUCGUUGCGGAUGUCGAAAAAAUGUUUCGACAAAUAAAAAUUAAUCCUGCCGACGCUCCGCUUCAGAGUAUUUUGUGGCGAUUUCGGGAAACAGACGAGGUGGAAACUUACGAACUAAUGACGGUUACGUAUGGGACGAAACCCGCACCAUUUCUAGCCACGCGAACGUUGAAGCAGCUUGCAUUGGAUGAAGCGCUUCGUUGGCCGUUAGCAGCAAAGGUGAUCGAAAACGAUGUAUAUAUGGACGAUGUGAUUACUGGGGCAAAUGACAUCGCAACAGCUAUAGACUUGAGGGUGCAACUGGAUGCAAUGAUGGAAAGCGGCGGAUUUAGAUUGAGGAAAUGGGCCUCGAACUGUACGGCAGUAUUAAAGGAUAUCUCACAAGACAAUUUAGCGCUCCCAGCUAAUGGUAUAAACUGGGAUCAGGAUUCUACAGUAAAGGCUUUAGGUUUAACAUGGCUACCGAAAACAGAUUUGUUAAAAUUUCGUUUCAAUAUCGCUAACCUAUGUCCUGAACCAGCAUUAACAAAACGGAAGGUUCUUUCAAUUAUUGCUUCAUUGUUUGAUCCUUUAGGGCUCUUAGGUGCAACUAUUACGUUGGCCAAAAUUUUCAUGCAACGGCUGUGGAGUGCAAGAAACGAAAACGGACAUCCAUUGGAGUGGGAUUCUCCUCUGCCGGAGUUGCUGGACGCAGAUUGGCGAAACUUUUAUCACCAGCUCUCAUUGCUAAACGAUAUUCGCAUUCCGCGCUGUGUGAUUGCGCCAAAUGCAGAAUCAGUCCAGAUUCAUUGUUUUUCUGACGCUUCGGAACGAGCGUAUGGCGGUUGUCUAUAUGUAAGGACUAUAGAUACAAACAAGCAGGUCACAGUUAAACUUCUUACCGCCAAGUCUAAAGUGGCACCACUGAAGACACAAUCCUUACCGCGACUCGAAUUAUGCGGUGCCAAGCUAACGGCGCAACUAUGGGAGAAGGUUGCGGAAUCAAUUGGAGCAAAUUAUGAAGUGCACUUUUGGACGGAUUCUACGUGUGUUUUACGGUGGAUUCGAGCUUCCCCGAGCAGCUGGGUGACUUAUAUAGCUAAUCGGGUGUCGAAAUUUCAGGCUAUAACGGAAAAUCAUAUUUGGCAUCAUGUACCGGGAUUGUGUAAUCCCGCAGAUUUAAUUUCCCGUGGCGUCACUCCAGACGUACUAAUUCGAAGCAGUUUGUGGUGGGAAGGGCCGGACUGGCUGAAGGAGGAGAAGAAUCAAUGGCCUCAGUGGCAGGAGGAUCAUUCGGAAGAAGCUCUGAUAGAGAGACGGCAUACAGUAGCUUCCGCUGUAGUAAAUGAGUACAGCUUCAUUAACGAAUACAUUGCCAAAUUUUCAUCGUACACUAAACUUUUGCGAAUAACUGCAUACUGCCUACGAUGGAAAAAUAAUUGUCAAAUCCCUAAGGAAAAGGUGCAGCAAGGGUUUCUAACAUCGGCGGAACUACGAGAAGCGGAAUUUAUCAUAGUUCGGAAGGUUCAACAGGAAGUUUUCGCUGAGGAUAUAAAACGGUUAUCAAAGGGUGAAGCCGUUUCACGCCACUCGUUACUAAGGUGGUUUAAUCCAAGGAUAGCGGAAAAUGGUAUAUUACGCGUAGGUGGAAGGUUGGGUCAUUCGCAAGAGUCGUCAGAUGCGAAGCAUCCAAUGGUGUUGCCAGCGAAACAUGUAUUAACAGAAUUGAUACUCCAGCAUUAUCAUCACAGUCUUUUGCACGCCGGACUACAAUUACUAUUGGCUACGGUUAGGCAACGUUUUUGGCCAUUGGGCGGUCGAAACGUGGCGAGGAAAAUUAUACAUCGGUGUCAAAGGUGCUUUCGUGCAAACCCAAGGGCUAUCAGGCAGCAAAUGGGUGAACUGCCGGCAGCGCGAGUAACAGUUUCAAGACCAUUUGUGAAAUGCGGAGUGGACUAUUUUGGUCCUGUUUACAUUCGAGCGGGAAGACGACAAACUGCAAUAAAAACUUAUGUAGCGAUAUUUGUUUGCAUGAGCACCAAGGCGGUACACAUGGAACAUGUGUCCGACCUAUCAACAGAACGGUUCCUACAGGCACUGCGCAGAUUUUUCGCCAGACGGGGCAGGUCAUCGGACAUGUAUUCCGACAACGGGACCAAUUUUGUAGGGGCUAGGAACCAACUACGAGAACUAUUUGCGCUGCUAAAGGAUUCUCAACAUCAACAAGCUGUGGCCAGGGAGUGCUCGUCGAAAGGCAUUCAAUGGCAUUUCAACCCGCCAUCAGCCCCGCAUUUUGGAGGGCUGUGGGAGGCGGCCGUUCGUUCUACAAAAUACCAUCUACUACGGGUCCUAGGCGGGAAUCCGGUGUCAGCUGAGGAUUUUGUAACGUUGUUGGUGCAGGUGGAAGCAUGCCUAAACUCUAGGCCACUAACGCCAAUGUCUGAUGAUCCGUUGGACUUGCGACCAUUGACACCAGCACAUUUUUUGACUGGUGAAUCUCUUCAAGCCGUCCCGGAACCAGAUUACAGUACUGUCCCGUUGAAUCGUCUCAGCCAUUGGCAAUUAGUCCAGCGUCAGUUGCAAGACUUUUGGAAACGUUGGAAAACGGAAUAUUUGGCACAGCUUCAGAGCCGAACGAAAAAUUGGGAGCUGCCAGUGAAGGUGGAAGUUGGUCGACUGGUGGUUAUUAUGGAGGCUAAUCAGCCGCCAAUGCGAUGGAAGCUGGGACGAAUCCACGAACUACAUCCAGGAACAGAUGAGGUCGUCAGAGUCGUCACAAUCAAAACUGUUACAGGUUAUCUCACGCGACCUGUUGAGAAACUUUGCUUUCUACCUCAGGUUGAGAGUACAACGGAGUCGGAGUCAAGCCAGUAA